AUGCAGGACUACGAGGAGUCCGUGUCGUUUUUGGGGACCUGGGGCUCGUUCCAGAAGAGAGUCUUCUUCCUGCUCUGUCUCACCAUCAUCCCAAGUGGAUACAACCUGCUGUCCGUCAUCUUCCUGCUGGCUACGCCCCAACACCACUGCUCCAUCCCCCACCACAGCAACCUAAGCCAGGACUGGAUCCAGGCCAGCAUCCAGGAACAGCAGGUGGCCGGGCGGCUGGAGAGGAGCAGUUGUAGCCGGUACCAGCUGGACCUGGUUCCCAGUCUGGAUCUGGUCCGCAACCUGUCAAGUCCAGAGGUCCUCCUCUCCAACCUGACACAGGAGGGCUGUAAAGAUGGAUGGACCUACAGUACUGAGCACUACCAGUCUACUGUAGUCAGUGAGUUUAACCUGGUGUGCAGCGACCAGUGGAAACAGCCGCUGACCUCCCUCGUCUACUUCCUGGGAGGAUUGUCCGGAUGCUUCAUCUCUGGACAGAUCUCUGACCGGUUUGGCAGGAAGCCGGUACUGUUCGGUGCCAUCAUCGCGAUGAGCAUCUUCAGCAGCGCGUUGGCCUUCGCUCCGUCCUGGCCCGUCUUUAUCGCGCUCUUCUUCAUGCUGGGCCUGGGUCAGCUCACCUGCUACAUAGCUGUGUUUGUACUGGGCUCAGAGAUCCUGAUGGGUCCAAUCAGAGUUCUCUUCUCCAGCCUGUGCAUGCCGUGGGCCUACCUGUUAGGUGUAAUGAUGCUGCCCGUCACUGCCUACCUGGUCAGGAGCUGGAGACACCUGUCUCUGGCGAUGGCUGUGCCAGGCCUGGCCUGUAUCCCCCUCUGGUGGUUGAUUCCGGAGUCGCCGCGCUGGUUGGUGUCUUGUGGCCGUAUACAGGAAGCAGAAUUCCUGCUGAGGUCAGCGGCUCUGGAGAACCGAGUGGAAGCUCCACAUGUCAUCUUCCUGUCAGCCAAUGUUGAAAAAGUAACAAGUGAGAAGUCCCCCGGCUUUCUGGACCUGCUGAGGACAGCAAACAUUCGACGUAUGACACUUAUUCUGUGGUUCAUAUGGUUUUCUAUCAAUAUGAGUUACUUUGGAUUGUCAUUCAACACAUCUGGUCUUAAUGGCAACCCCUUCCUGAACUACUUCCUGUUGACGGCUGUUGAGCUCCCAGCGUACGCUGCCAACUGGCUGGCGUUACGCAGUCUUCCCCGCCGCCUGUCGUAUAUCUCUUUCACCCUGCUGGGGGCGCUAGCGCUGCUGGUCAUACAGAUCACUCUAAACAGUCAACCAACUGUCACCCUGAUCCUGGUGCUGGUGGGUAAAUUUGGCAUUGUGGCCGGCAUCGGGGUGUUGUACAUGUACACCGGUGAGCUGUCUCCCACAGUCAUCAGGAACACAGCUAUGUCCACCUGUGCCAUGUUCUCCAGAGUGGGAUCCUCUGUUUCUCCAUACCUGCUGCAGCUGGCGGUUUACUAUCAGUUCCUGCCGUGGAUUGUUGUGGGUUCUCUGUCGUUGCUCAGUGUCGUGUUCUGCGUCUUCCUGCCGGAGACCUUCCGACAGCCGCUGCCCGACACUAUCCAGCAGAUGGCGGUCCCACAGCGGUUCAGGUGGCCAUGGGCCUCCACGCCUCCUCCAAAGGAAGAUGGGAAAACAACUGAAGACCCGCCUACUGCACUUGAGAUCAUCUGCACAACUCGCCUAUGA